AUGUUUGCAGACCCAUACAAAAACCCGUAUCACUUCGUGGUCGAAUUUCCGCGACACAGUGAAGAGGGAUCUGUGCAUCGCUCGGACGUCCUGAUCAAUUUCAUUGACGGCAAUCCAAAUCAAGUCAAUGCAGAUGUGAAUGGCAAGAGGAUAAACCUUAGAGGUGACUUGAACCUUGCCAGAUCGGUUCUUCAUUUGACUGUGAACGGCAAGGGUAUUGCUACUCAACUUGCAAGCAAGAAACCCGGAGAGUUCACUCUGAUCUACAAGGGAUCCCCAUUCAAGAUGAAGGUCAUGCCAUCGUUGGCCAACAACAUGUUGAAGUUCAUGAAAGAAAAGCCAAAACUUGACAUGUCCUCAGUUGUGAUCGCUCCAAUGCCUGGCGCAAUCAAGAACGUUGCAGCCAAAGAAGGCAUGAUGGUGACUGAGGGACAAGAGCUUUGCGUUAUGGAAGCAAUGAAAAUGCAGAACAGUCUGGUGGCUGGUAAGACCGGUAAAGUGAAGAAGGUGAAUUGUAAACCUGGUGAUACAGUUGAUGAAGGAUUUGUUUUGGUUGAGUUGGAGUGA